AUGUUCGGCAGCGUCUCCCUCGGCACGUACGGGGAAAUGCAGCGCAAAAGCGACUGCGUGACGUGUCAGCAAAUUGCGGCUUUCCGACCCAUGUCCCCGGACACAAAGAUGGAACUGAUGCGAUUUCGGCAGCCAGCGAGCGAGUAUCAGAUUGCAGACGAGGACUACACCGAUUUCAUGAUGGACAUUAUUCCCUUGCGGGCAACUGCCAAGGCGCAAAGCCAUGGCGUUCUCUUAGAUGAGGGUUGGAUUGAUGUCGGGAAAAUCAGGGCGUGGCUGGGCUACUGCACAAAGGCACAUGAUGAUGCAUGUAGUCACCUGUCUGGUAUUCCUCCGGUGGAAGCGCUCCUGCUUAUCGACGUCGAGAAAGGCUGCCUAGUGGAACACCCAGGAGACGUCGGAUAUUUUGCACUCUCGUACGUCUGGGGGCGCCUUGAGAACACAGCCGAGACGAGGGUGUCCAAUGUGGAGAGACUGCGGCAGCCAGGGUCAAUCACGGCAAACACACCAGACUCGAACCUCCCAGAAACAAUCCGAGACGCCAUCCGCCUCGUCCAGGCCAUCGGAGAGCGCUUCCUCUGGGUGGACCGGCUGUGCAUUGUGCAAGACGACCACUCCAGCAAAGCCAAAGCAAUCCAGGCAAUGGGCGCCAUCUACGCAAACGCACACUGCACCAUCGUGGCCGCCGACGGCCAAGACGCCGACUACGGGCUCCGAGGAAUCGGCCACGGCUCCCAACCGCGCCGCCGUCCGCAGCAGCUCCUCGACUUUCCGCACUGCGGGCCUCUCCUUCAGCAGCCGGAAAUCAACGCUGAGGCCCAGUCGCGCUGGGGCACGCGCGGCUGGACGUACCAGGAACAGCUGUGCUCGCGGCGGCUGCUGAUAUUCGCUGAGCAGACGGUGGCCUGGCGGUGCCAGCGCGCCGAGUGGCGCGAGGACAUGACGGCGGAGCCGGACGAGCCGCACGCACCCCGGCCCCCGCUCCUUACCAACAAAUUCGACGUCCUGCACGCCCGCGCCUGGCCGGACAUCAUGCAGUGGUGCAGCCUCCUCCACAGAUACAAUCGCCGCGAGCUGUCCUAUGUGAGCGACACCCGCGCCGCCUUCACCGGCAUCGAGACCAUCCUUGCUCGGGCCUUUCUGAGGGGCUUCUGCUAUGGAAUGCCCGAGCUUUUCUUCGACCUUGCCCUUCUUUGGCAGCCCAUGCGUCCGAUGACCCGCAGGACUAUGGCGCUUGGCUCGGGUGAUGAGGAUGGAUAUCUACCGAGUUGGUCGUGCCUCGGCUGGCAUGGGUGCCCUGAUCCUCUGAGCUAUGCAGCCCAUGACUACAUCGCGUCCAUAGAUGGCGGUGCAUGGUUCCGGCGGACGACGUUGAGGCUCACGCCGCUGGUAGACUGGAUUCAGCUCGGCCCUUCUCGAGAGGUACAUGGCAGCUGGAACAAAGCUGGACGGCGUGAGCGCCGCAUCAAGAGCAGCUACCUCACUUGGAGAGACGCUGUGGGUGAGACGGCGGCCGGAGACACUGGUUUGGAAGGAUGGCAGCUGCACGAUACUGCUCUUAACGGUGGCAGGGCUUGGUACUCACACCCAGCUGCCGAGGGGGUGAUAUUCAAUUACCCCAUACCGAUGCCCUCAGCAGCAUUGCAGCAGCAAUACGAGUCUUACUCUCACUGGUCUCCGCUAUUACGCCUCCGUUCCAAGGGUGCUCGCUUCGUAGCCUGUGGAUCAGCCCCGGGUCUUGAUAUGCGGCAGGUUCUCUGCGUGUAUUUGCAGGAUGUCAAGGUGGGUCAAUGGGCCGGCCUGCUCCGCCUGAACGAGCCUUUGGAUGGCACCAACUUCUCAGAGGGCGAGUAUUGUGAGCUUGUGGCCAUCAGCGAGGGGAGCGCUCGCAACGAUGCUGAUGAGAGCCCUUACCUCGAAGAGUGGAAUUGCAACAAGAGACCCGGGUUUGGUAGCGCGGAUGGAUGCUACCAGUUCUACAACGUGCUCUGGGUUCAGCGCGAAGCCGACGGAUGCACGACGAGGAAGGCUUUAGGUCGUGUGGAGAAGUCAGUGUGGGAAAGGCAGGAUUUGAUGGACAUGGACGUACUGUUAAGAUAA